AUGGCGCUAGCCCUCGCAGCAACAGCCCAGGCCAAGGUCGCGGCCGAAUGGCUGCAAGAGAAUAACAAGGCAGGCGACCCGCCACCAACUGGCAAAGUGGACAAGUAUCAGACGGUGGUGCUCAGCGGUGCUCGCGAUGCAUAUGAUAGAAGCCAGCCGUCGAGUUGUCCGACCAUCAUGAUCGGGACAGCCGUACCGGACGGGGACAAGAAUGACGGGUGGAAAGAACUGCCUAAGGUUACGGGAUUUGACGUCGCGAGGCUCGUCGUGGACGAAGAGGCCAACGCUACUUUGCUACCAGCGACGGCGGGCCCAGAUACCUGGAACAAGUGGAACUUUGGAGCUGACAUGUUCGCCAUCUCUCAGCCGUACUUUAUUGAGAACACAAAAGACCCCAGCAACAUCAAGCGUGCGGUCAUCACAAUCGCCGGUGCCCGGAGGAAUGGGUGGCAAUAUUGCAAUGGGAGAGACAGCGUCAACGCAGAUAUGGAUCGCGUGAUUAUCGCCGCCCCGGAAUGGCUCAACGAGGAUGACCAUUCCGCCGGUGCGGUCCAGUCGAAUGAUGUCUACUUUGACAACAGCAGUUACCAGCAAGGGGGCCCUGCGCUCGGUCCAGGGGAUGUGAAACUCUCCUCUUUUGAAGCGUACGUCGAGCCGGCACCCACCUCUUCUAUGGGCUGUGGACGGUCCACUUGGAACUUGCGGCUGACAUACCGUAGACUUGAUAAGCUCGUCAGCAGCUUUUGGAACAAGAGUGUUUAUCCUGAGCUGGAGACCGUGGUCAUUGCCAGUCACUCACUCGGCGCCCAAAUGACUCAGCGUUACGCCAUGCUCCGCCCAGCCCAGCCUGAAGACGCCAACAUCACCUUUGGCAUCAUGAACCCAGGUUCCUACGUCUGGCCCGUCUCCGACCGGCCUGAGCAUGAGGAUGACUGCGAGGACACCUACAAUGACUGGCCCUAUGGGAUCGAUGACGGCCAGUCAUAUGCACUCCCCGAAUAUGUCCGUGACGAAGUCGUCGGGAACCGAUCAAUGGUCCGGGAACGGUACUUCUCGCGGAACAUCUUUUACGGAUUCGGCUUAGAUGACCAUGGCGACGGUGACGGGCACUGCGAGGCGCAGUGGCAGGGCGAUUCGCAUCUUGAGCGAGGCCAAAAUUUCGAUAAGAUGUUGCAAGACCUGUCCGACGGGUUCCCAGAGACUCAGUCCGUGUAUUAUAUUCCUGGAGUCGCGCAUGAUAACUACAAGAUGUUUGUUUCAGAGCCCAUGCAGCGCAAGAUGUUCUUGUUCGAUACUAGCAAUGACACCAAGGAUGCCAACCAAGCCAGGGACAGCGACGAUUCCGAACCUACAAGCGGUGCCCCGUACCAGCUCACGAUGCCUCGCUUUCUACUAGGAUCGGCGCUACUUUCGGUCGUUGUCGCUUUAGCGGAAUAG